CCGCUUACCUCUCUUGUCGACCAUUCCAUAUCGUUAUGUUCUAACCUCUCCCGAGUCGAUCUUACGCACUUACGCCAUCUCGCUUGCAUCAAACCUCCUCUAUCCGUUGCCUAUCUACAUUCUAGACUAAACCUGUCCCAUUCUGUCGCCAGUUCUCUAUCAUAAAAGUUUCCUUAUAUCACAUCGUACUUCGAAACCUAGUUGGAACUAAUAUUCAGCAUCAUGGCAACUCCUUUAACCGCGGAGGAAGAGACGCGUUACACAGAAAUCAUCGAUGGCAUCCUAGCCACCGCGGACCUCGAAACCGUCACGCGCAAGAAGAUUCGCAUGGGGCUCGAAGCUGCACUAGGCGGAAAGGAUCUGAGCGAUCAGAAGAAUGCUAUUAAGGCGCUUAUAGAAGAGCGCUUUGACGCUGUUUCUUUCGCUGUUCCACCACCAUCCUCCGCGGUUCCCCAACCCGACUCGACUUCUCCACGCCCUUCACCCCCAGAACAAGUCAACGGCAACAAUGGAAACAGCCCAGACGCAGAGGAUACGAACAGGGAUGAGAUCGAGGUGUCGAUGCAACCACCCAAAAAGAAACAGCGGAAAGAGAAGAGCGAAGAUACAGAAGAUGCGGACGCCAAAUUAGCAGCAAUGCUUCAGGCGCAGGAGAACCAGCGCACUCGCGCAACGCGCGGGGGUGGGAAGCCCAAGGCUCCCAUAAAGAAGAAGGCCGCCCCUCGAAAGAAGAGCGAAAAGAAAGUUGGACCCGACGAUGAUAGUGACGUGGCGGGGAGUGAAGAGUCGAGUAGUCGGCCACGAAAAGCCGGCGGAGGUUUUCAGAAACCCUUUAACCUCAGUUACCCGCUCGCGGAGCUCUGCGGGGAAUCGCAGUUGUCUCGACCACAAGUUGUCAAGAAGUUAUGGCAGCACAUCAAAGGCAACCAGCUGCAAGACCCAAAUGACAAGCGGCAGAUACGAUGUGACGAAAUGAUGCAAGCCGUUUUCAAGCAAGCCAGAGUGGACAUGUUUCAGAUGAACAAGCUGGUUGGGAACCAUCUCUACCCCGUGGAUGAGGAGUGAAAGGGAAUAAUUGGCUACAUGUACCUCCCUAGGUAGUUGGUGAGCUGUGGCCGCGGGCAUUCCCUUGAGUCGAUCCUUAAAAGAGUUAGCUACCUGGGCUUAUAUGAGUAGCCGGCCAAGUGUGUGGCUGGCUAUGUGUUCUUAAGAUGGACGUAACAUAUUUUAUAGUCGUUUUCCUUCACCCGCUACUUCCUCCAACGCAGUCGUAGGCUGAUUCGGUUGGGUUAU